UAGUCUAGUAGAACGGUAGAAGAAGUAGAUUCGGUAAACCCAUAGGCUCCGUUCAAUAUAUCUUCUACUUCUUCAAUCACUUUCUCAUUACCAGAAUUCAAAUUCUCUCAACAACCCCCUCCUCUUCUCUUUGACUUUGACUUUCUGCUACUCCUUCGAAUGUUCUCCACCAACACCAACGCAACCUCUCUCUUCUUCCCUUCUUCAAACCCUACAUCCAUCUUCCGAGCUCGCGCCUCCGCUGGAGACCUCUCCUUUCCUCGCUUCUUUCACUCCCUCGCUUCCGCCGCCGCCGUCGCCGGCGGUCUAGGGGCAGCUGGAGGAGGAGGAGUCUCAGACGAAGUCACUGGCGGAACAGCAGCGAGGCGCGGUGGCGGGAACGAAGGGAAGAUGAGAGUGAAGGCGAAGGAAAAGAAGUGGUCUCGGAAUAGAGAGAGUUAUUUGUGGGACAACACUGAUCCUCUCCCUCUUCCCAUGACUUACCCUGAUUCCUCCCCUGUUUCCCCCGAUGAAAUCGAUAAGCGUCUUCAAUGCGAUCCCAAUCUUGAGGAUUGUAAAGAGGUGGUUUAUGACAAAUGCAUUCCUUGCAUGGGAAUUGGAUAUGUGCAGAAGAUAACAGCUCGCAAGGACAUCGACGUGAUGGAGGAUUAGGAAAGCAAGCAAUUCCACUGUAGUAGAAAAAUGUCAACAAGCUUUCUUGAUUUCCAAUACAGCCUCUCAAAGAGGAAGUACCUGAGGAAGCCGUCACGGAUGUUCUCGAGGGACAAACAAAACUCGGGUUUGAAGGCUGUUUUCCAGCCUAAUGUAGAUGAGAUGAAGCAGGUGUUUGACAAAUUUGAUUCCAACAGAGAUGGGAAAAUUUCUCAGCAGGAGUACAAGGCCACCCUGAGAUCUCUGGGCAUGGAGAACACGGUUCAAGAGGUGCCAAAUAUUUUCCGGGUGGUCGAUCUGGAUGGAGAUGGAUACAUCAACUUCAAGGAGUUCAUGGAGGCUCAGAAGAUGGGUGGUGGGGUUAGGACGAUUGAUAUACAGAGUGCAUUCCGGACAUUUGACAAGAAUGGUGAUGGGAAGAUAAGUGCAGAAGAAAUUCAAGAGAUGCUGAGGAGGCUGGGAGAAAGGUGCAGCCUUCAAGACUGCCAGAAGAUGGUGACAGCGGUGGACACCGAUGGAGAUGGCAUGGUCAACAUGGACGAGUUCAUGACCAUGAUGACUCAGUCUAGGAGAGUUGCUUAGAUGCUUAUGGUUAUCAUGUCUUGAGGUUGAUGUUAGGAGCAACUCAAUAAAAACCAUAUGCCUUUGUUGUGCAUGUUUAUGUACAAAAAAUAAAGCUGGACCUUAGUGUUUGUAGUAUGGUACAAUUACACACGUAUAGAUUGUUGAAGGUAAAUGAAGACAUUAAAAGUCCGAAAAGAUCCAACGAAAGUUGGCACAGAUAGAUGA